AUGGAGGGUGCACUUCUUUCGCAGAUUCGCAUGAAGGACCUGGAGUUAAAUGUCCUGAAAGAGACUCUCAUCGUCGAACAGCGACGUGUGCAGCAGCUGAAAGAGAGGGUGGCCCAGCUGCAAGGUGACUCCUCCGGAACAUCCCGACGUGAUGGGCGCAUGCCAGAAGAUGUUGGAGGAUUUCGCGAACGUGCUCCAGAGGCUGCCGCACUGAUUGGCCAUAUCGAUGCGCGAAGCCAGGAUAUCGAGGAGCGCCGACGGGUCUUCAAGAAUCUCAUCUUGCAAUGGCACCCGGACAAGAACGAGGACCCUCGUGCCACAACCGUCUUCCGUUACUUGAUGGCGAAGAGGGACGCCUUCCUGGCCACAGGACUGAUGUGA